CAUUUGAUAAUGGCAGGGGAUGCAUCAGGUGCAGCUUUCGCGUACCGCGAGCCUACUAUUGCAACUCUUCUGAACCAGGCCGGAUUUCUGUUGGCCUUGAACAUUGUCAAUGCGUGUCUUGAUAAAAUCAUGUACUGUGGGCUGGUUGGUCAAUUGUUCAUUGGGAUUCUAUGGGGUACCCCUGGAGCAAAAUGGCUUAACCAGGACACAGAAACAGCUAUCCAGCAAUUGGGUUAUAUUGGUCUCAUAAUGUUAGUAUACGAAGGCGGUCUUUCAAUAUCGUUACGCUCUAUGAGAGCAAACCUUGUCAUCUCUGUAUGUGUUGCGCUCACUGGGAUUGGAAUCCCGAUGGGGCUAUCCUUCGUUCUUAUGGAUCUGGUUUCGGCAAGCCCUCUUCAAGCUUUCACUGCCGGUGCUGCCCUUAGUGCAACUAGUCUCGGUACUACUUUUACCAUCCUAUCAACCACGAAUCUGAUUUCCACUCGGAUAGGUACAGUUACUACGAGUGCAGCAAUGCUAGACGAUGUUGUUGGCCUCGUUAUGAUCCAGGUUAUUACAAAUCUCGGCGGGAGUACUUCAUCUUUUAACGCUGUAACCGUUAUUAGGCCUGUGUUUGUAUCUAUCGGGUUCGCGGUGGGUGUCUUAAUUUUGUGCGCUUUCGGUCUAAAGCCAAUUAUGAAGAGAGCUUUAGCCUUGAGUAGCCAUAUACCAAAAUUCAUGGGUACAAUGCAGUUUGCAUUCAUGGCUCACACAUGCGUUCUGGUGGGGAUCGUUGCUGGUGCUUCAUACGCUGGGACAUCGAGCCUUUUUGCAGCGUAUCUUGCUGGAGUGAUCAUUUCCUGGUUUGAUGGGUUGGCUGCAGAUUUCAGAGUGAUCACUGAGACCAAAUCCCCUAACAUUCCCAAUUCGGCCCCCGGAGUAUUAGAUAUUCAACGUUCUCCUGAAGAAACCACAGACUCAAACGCACCAUCUUCAAAUCAGCAAAUUAUGACUCCUAAAGAAUUCCCGACUGGUAAGAAUGUUUAUGAAAAAUACUAUAAAGAGCCCACCAGCCGCAUACUAAUCCCACUAUUCUUUGCCUCUAUCGGAUUUGCGAUUCCCAUCACCAAAAUGUUCAAAGGAAGUGUUGUAUGGCGCGGUAUUAUCUACGCCCUGCUCAUGACAUUUGGGAAGAUGGCCACAGGCAUUUGGCUUGUUCGCCUUUCUUCAAAUCCGAUAUCAAGUUUCAUUGGCAUGGUCAAGAAGCCGUUUUCAAUUAUUCACUUGUUCUGUACUGUCUGUAAACGUGACAGUACGAAAAACCAGAACUCUUCGGCAAAAAGAUCAAUGCCGUCUCCUCAACCCAAGCCAAAAUCUCUUUACCCUCCACUUAUUCUUGGGCUGGCAAUGGUUGCACGAGGUGAGGUUGGAUACCUCAUUGCUUCUCUCGCAGAGAGUCAAGGCAUGUUCUCAACCGACGGGGAAAUUUCAGAGAUUUAUCUGGUGGUUAUUUGGGCAAUUUCUAUUUGCACAUUGAUAGGUCCUAUAUCUGUUGGUACCCUCGUUAGGCGAGUGAAGAAUCUGCAAAGAUCUAGGGGGACUUCAGGCGUAGACCCUCUAGGGGCAUGGGGAAUCUGA